AUUGCUGCCUGAGAUUGCUCCUAAAAAGAAAACUGCUUGAACACACACGUCGUUCCGCGCGCAAACAGAUUAGGAUAAUAAAAAUGUUCACGGCACGUUGCGCAAACGAAAUCUCGCGUAUCUGCUGUGAUAACCCAGCCUAAUCUAUAUUAAUAGAAGAGAACGUCAAUUAGAUUUAUACAAGUUUAAUAUUCUUAAAACAUUCCGAUGGAGCUUCCUACGGAGAAGCUUGAAAAUGAGACACGAAAAUCAUCCAAGCUCGGUUUAUUUUUUGUCGCAGCUACAGGCGGUAUUGCGACAGCAAUCAGUGUCGUGUGUUUCCCAUUCGUGAGUCCUGCGUUUCGCAAGAUAUGUUUGCCAUACGUGCCGGCUACGCGUCAGCAAAUAAAGAACGUUAUUCGAGCGUUGAACGGUCGCUCCGGUUCUCUGAUUGAUCUCGGCAGUGGCGACGGACGUAUUGUUCUCGCGGCGGCGAAGCGUGGCUUCAAGGCACAUGGUAUCGAGUUGAACACCUGGCUGGUGCUGUAUUCGAAAUUUCAAGCACUGAUCAAUGGCUUGUCGAAGAAUACUAUGUUCCUCAAGCAGGAUUUGUGGAAAUGUCAUUUAGGGAAAUAUGACAAUAUUGUCAUAUUUGGCGUAGAUCAAAUGGAAAACAGAUCAUCUUAA